AUGACUCUAGACAAGGUGCCGGACGCGUCGCUCAGUGCUCGAGAGCUGGCUUCUUUUGAUGGCGUCGAAGAUGAAGGUUGCUACAACGAUGUUGGUAUCCUGGACAAAGGGUACACCACCAAGGAUCAAAGGGAUAUGCAACGUUUGGGGAAGAGGCAAGAACUGAUACGCAAUUUUCGACCUCUUUCUGCGUUGGCAUUCACUGCCCUGUUACAAGCGACAUGGGAGUUCCUGUUAAUUGCAAACACUCAAGUUCUGGUCGAUGGCGGCAUUGCUGGAUUUUUCUGGACCUACGUUUGGACCUUCUUUGGUUUUGGCAUCGUCAUGACGUCUCUGGCUGAGAUGGCUUCCAUGGCUCCGACUAGUGGUGGUCAGUACCAUUGGGUGUCUGAAUUCGCUCCCCCAAAGUAUCAGAAGAGUCUGAGCUAUUUAACCGGUUGGAUGUCGGCGUUAAGUUGGCAAGCUGGGACAGCCUCUGGCUCUUUCUUGACAGGGACAAUUAUCCAGGCUUUGAUACAGAUCAACAACGCGGACUACGACCCAACAGCAUGGCAGGGGACGUUGCUGGUGUUUGCCAUGGUUCUUGUGCUCUUUGUCGCCAACACCUGGGGGGCGCGAGAUCUCCCUCUGAUCCAAAACGUGCUCCUGAUUGUGCAUGUCUUUGGAUUCUUAGCGGUCAUUAUUGUCCUCUGGGUCAUGGCGCCUCGAAACUCAGCAAAGGUCGCUUUUACUCAAUUUACCAACGAAGGGGGUUGGUCUAGCAUGGGCCUCGCUCUUAUGAUUGGGCAGAUUUCGGCCAUCUAUGGAUCACUCUGUUCUGACUGCACAGCGCACAUGGCUGAGGAAGUCAAGGAAGCUGGUCGCAACGUCCCUAAUGCCAUGUUCUGGGCUUAUGUGUUGAACGGAAUCCUUGGCUUGGUGCUGAUCAUCACGUAUAACUUUGCCUUGACCGACGUCGACGCCGCUCUGAAUGACCCGACUGAAUACCCUUUCAUCUGGGUCUUCCGCCAGGCAGUGUCUACUGGAGGCGUCAACGCCUUGACCAUUUUGAUCUUGAUCUUGGUCAUUGCAUCGAAUAUCUCCUUCAAUGCGUCCACAUCGCGACAGACUUUUGCCUUCGCCCGCGACAAUGGCCUUCCGUUCUCUAAGUGGAUCGGUGCUGUUCAUCCAAAGCUACACAUCCCGGUCAACGCCGUGACGUUGACCUGUGUCAUCAGCUGUCUCCUGGCGAUCAUCAACAUUGGCUCCUCGGCUGCCUUCAACGCCAUCAUCUCGGUCCAGGUGUGCGCGCUCAUGUUCUCUUACAUGAUCUCUAUUACAUGCGUGCUGUACCGGCGCGUGUACCACCCUGAAUUGCUGCCCAAGGCACGCUGGAGUCUCGGCAAGUGGGGUGUGCCGAUCAAUAUCUUCAGCAUCAUCUACUCUCUCUUUGCGUUCUUCUGGAGCUUCUGGCCAAACAGCACACCCGUGGACGCGGAAUACUUUAACUGGUCGGUCGUUUUGUUCUUCGGUACAAUGAUCAUCUCUGGAGCGUUCUAUGUGAUCCAGGGUAGGAAGAUCUAUACCGGGCCUGUGGUGACUGUGGAGGGCAGGAACUGA